AAAAUAUAGUCGAGAAAGCUGCCGACCUAAGCACAGCUGUGGACCAAUUCGGUAAGCUAUUUGUAUCUUUAGUCGGCGAGAAGAAAACGGGACCAAUCAUUUUGGCAUUCUUUGCUUCGCAUGCAAACAUCAUCAUGUUGCCCGCUCCAAAGCUCCAUCUCAUCAGGCUGGUUACUGACGCCGCCAAAGCAACAAAAGGAGCAUUGCCUCCAUCCCAAAUCUUGGAAAAGGUUUUAAAAUCUUUCGUCAAUGAAAGAGAGGAUUGGAGGUCAAGAUGUGUAUUAUCAGGUGUUGAUUACGCGGACUUUGAGAAUCAGAUUGUUCGUAUCGUUUCAGAAAAAGAGCACCAUGACCCUGCCAUUAAAUUCCUUGAGGAUGCCCUUAACAGCUCUUCUGAGUCUUUAUCGAAUGCUGCAGCUACCAGACUUACUGAAUUGCUUCCGACGCUCAAGCUUGAGCAUCAGAUCCGGAUGGUCAAAACAAUAAUCACUGCAGGAUUAUCAGAAGACGAUACCACUAUUUGCUACGAUGCAGUCGAGCUACUGGAAUCGCUGACUUUACCAAACGCAUUAUUUGUGCAGAUUUUGAAAGACUCGUCUCUCAGCAACUCAUCAGAACAGCAGUCCAAUAUUCCUAAACGAAGAAGGAGAUCAUCUGCAUCAACUCGGCAAGCAAUGAAGGAACAAGAGGUUUCUUUCAUGGCUUCCACCCAUUUGAAGAAAGUGACGAUGAUACUGGACGUUUUGGAAAAAGAAAGCAGAGAGAACUUCAAGGGCUCAUUCGAGUUGUUGAAAUUGCUCUUCGAUAUCCUAGAUGACUUGGAAACUUUGGGAACCGACGGAAAACUGCCGAUUUUGUAUUCUGAGGAGACACUAGCUUCUUGCAUGACAAAUGUGAUAAAGUCCUUGGAUAAGACUCAAAUGAAGAGUAAGGAGAUCACCUCGAUUCGUGCGGACAUUGUUGUCUCAGCAAUCAGAUCCUCAAGCUCGCCACAGGUCCAAAACAAACUACUUCUGGUGGUUGCUGCGCUGGCAGCAAUUUCUCCAGAACUGAUAUUACACUCUGUGAUGCCGAUAUUCACCUUUAUGGGUGCACACACAAUUAGACAGGAUGAUGAGUUUUCCUUCCACGUUGUUGAACAGACAAUUUCGUGCGUGGUCCCAGCCUUAGCUGAAGCUACUACUUCGGAAAUGGUGGAAGAAGUUGAAUUCUUGCUCACUUCCUUCGUCAGUGCUUUCCAGCAUAUUCCUCGUCACAGAAGAGUCAGACUGUUCACGACGCUAGCUAAAACUCUUGGCAGCUCUAGCUCGAUUCACCUGAUUUUGUUCUUGUGCGGUCAGCAAUACGCCAACGCCUACGCCAAACACAAAAUGGGCGAUUGUUCUGCGUUGACAGACUUUUCAUGUUCCUUCUUGCAAAAGUUCAAGGUCGAAGAACAGUUAGAGGCCAUUCAGAAGUUCCUUGAUUAUUGGAAAAAGGUUCCCGAAGAACCAGUGGACAAGGAAUCGCCUAUAUUUACGGAACUAAGCUCAAGAGUCAUAUUUGGACCUGCUUUCGUCGCGCUAAACAAAUCCGAGUUAUUCAACUUGAGAAAGUGUCUGCUCUCCUUCUUGAGACACACCAUUUCUGAUGCGAAGGACAUCAAUGGAAUUUCAAGAUUGAGACUGAAUAUUGCAUCUGCCUGCCUUCAAGGUGGCGAUCCUCAGCCGCUGCUUAACAGUUUUGCCAAAUUGGUGCAGGAUGUCCUUGAGAUUAUCGACUCUCGUCAUCAAGAAAUUGAAGAAGUGGAGAUAAUGCAUCAACUUUACAAAGUCCUCGAUGAUAUUCUGAGUCUGCUUCCUAUCGAACAUUUCGUGGAUUCUAUAUCGAACAUUCUCUCUUCUCCAAAUGCUUCAUUGAGAACUCUAAUCCAAAUCACUUCGCUCACAGCAUUCAAAUUCAACUCUGAGCACGUCGAAGAUCCAAAUGCUCACGAAGGAAUUGCCCGUCUGCUUCCUCUUCUUUUGUCCAUGAUAAGCUCUCAAAGGGACGUCGAACUAUCACAGACUUCGCUUGAUACGCUCUCUAGUUUGUUUCAAAAAUACACCGUUCACAUCGACUCGUCCCUGUAUUUGCAAACAUUGAAUGUCGUUACCUCCUCAGCAGGUCUGCUCAAUGGAGCCCCGGAGGUUGUGGUUUCGUCGAUAAACUGCAUUACUAAUGUGAUCAGCAUCAUCGGAGUUAAAAUGAUUGGCUACUUCACCAAAAUUCUGCCUCCACUCUUUGACAUUUUCGAGAAAGCAGACGAAAAUACGGCCCCACUAGUUCAGACUGCAACGCUUGUUCUCUUUACCAGUUUGGUCAAAAAGAUGCCAUCGUUUGUUACUCCUAAUUUGGCGGACAUGGUCAAAAUCGUUCUAUGUUCGUCUCAAGUUGCAGACUCUGUUCGUACGUCUGUGCUGACGGUUAUGGUGGAUCAUAUGGACGGUAGAACUAUGCUACUUACAUUAUGUUCCCUUUGGAAAUAUGCCUCCAAACUUGACGUGAUUGCAAUCGGCCUUCAUCUGUCUGCUAUGGAGAUGGUGAUAGAGAAAAUCGACAAAAAAACGGCAGUCAGCAAUUCUACCGCAUUCGUGAAAUUCCUCUUGCUAGCCUUGGAAUACAGAGCUGAUACUGAUUUGGAAAUCAACACGGUGAAUAGAAUUGAGGCCUCAGUUCACAAGUGCGGUCUGCAGUAUGUGCUCAAGCUGAACGACAAAACUUUUAGACCGUUAUUCGCCUCGAUUGUGAGGUGGGCAUUCGAUGGUGAAAAUGUCGCCACUUCGAUCACUGAAACAGACAGACUUAUUGCAUUUUUCAAACUUUUCAACAAGUUGCAGGAGAACCUCAAAUCUAUUAUCACCUCCUACUACGCAUACCUGGUGGACUCUGUUGAAUCGCUGCUAUACAAGUUGCAAGAAACAGACGAGAUCAACUUGAAGAGAUUGGUGUUACUCUCGUUGGGAUCAUCGUUCAAGUAUGACCAGGAUGAGUUCUGGCACUCAGACACAAGAUUCAAGCCAAUUUCAGCAGCUCUGUGCUCUCAAUUCGGUACGAUCGAAGACUCCAUUGGGAAGUAUCUUGUUAGAGCCGUGACGAGUCUCGUUCAGGCAACUUGCUCAUCGGAUGAGCACAACAAAAAUAUCAAUAGUAUGCUCCUGAGCCAUAUGAAGGCCACUUGUAAGCCUAAGGAGAAACUCUGGGCAGUCAGGACACUGAAAAAUGUUUACAAGAAAGUCGGAGAGAGCUGGCUUGGACUGCUUCCUCAACUGGUUCCAAUUGUGGCAGAACUAUUGGAAGACGAUGAAGAAGAAGUAGAGAUGGAAGUGCGGACUGGUCUUGUGAAGGUUCUAGAGCAGACCAUGGGAGAGCCUUUAGACAGAUAUCUCGAUUAAAAAGAUGCGCUAAAU